UGAGUGACGUCAGUACUGAAAUGGAAGUUCUUUCUAACACUCUCUUUACUACAUCACCUUUAAAUUUAAUAGCAAACCAAUUUGCAUGUAUUCCAAAAAAUUUCCACUUUUAAUUUGAUGGACAAGAUAAUGACUUACAUGAAGAAAUUCAAUCACAAUUGCAAUUGAUAAGUUUUACAUAAUUUUUACACCCAAUUCUUUUAUAUAAUAAGCGAUUGAAAUAAUAGCCAACAGUUGUCAUUGAAAAUUCAAAGAAUAAGGAAGCUUGCGAUGUAUUACAACAUAACCAGUCUUCUUGCUUUUGCUGCCGUUUUUGUUGCUGAAUUGCUGACAACUGAAGCUGAAUUUAACCCAAAGCUUUUGAGUUUAAUAAAAAAUCAAAAUGAAAUUGAACAUUUUGAAAGUGUUUUUCUUUACGAAUCAUCACAAAGUCAAAUCUUCAUCAACUUUGAUGACAAAUUUGUAAAAGACGUGUCAUCUUCACUCAAUAUUCCAGUGAUUCUCACAACUGAAUCUUCUUCAUUUUACUUGAAAGAAAAUUUCAACGAAAAUCUACUUACCCUUGUUCAAUAUGAUUCAAGUGAUUUAUUUCUUCAACGACUUCUCGAACAUCUUCAACAUCUUCGUUUCUGUAAGACGAUUUUUGUACUGAAGAAUUCUUCAAGAAAUGACUUGGAACUGAAGAGUCUUUUCAAUUUCUGCUUGCUGAAUAGAUUAAUCAAUGUGGUAGCAGUUUUUCAAGAUUUCUCAAGCACUUCGGCGUAUUACAGCUAUCACAAUAUUGAAGAUUUGACAAUCGAAGAAUUCAUUUGGAAGAUGAAAGUUUCGAAUAUUUUUCCAAAUCGAAUGCAAAAUCUUCACGGCAUAAUCUUACCAAUUUCACUUGGGGGAGUACAACCAGGAUUGAUUAUUACAAAAAACUCAAACGGUGAUACGAUGAUUGGUGGUUAUUUAGGAAAUAUUUAUAAAUCAUUUGCUAAGAGACACAAUGGAAGAUUGAGCAUUUCCUAUGGAAACGGUACAGUUACACCUGGAAAUAUUAACCAACUUGUAUUAAAUGGAACAAUAGAGAUUGGAGGAUCUAUGAUUAUGCUUUCACAAGUUUCUUUUAAUUGGUAUUCAUAUCCAUUUACGGUGUUAAAUUGGGGUGUUAUGUUGCCUGUGGAAUCAAAUAUCCCCAUUUAUAAAGUGUUUGCAUUUGUGUUCUAUUGGGAAGCAUUUAUUUUAAUAAUCUUGAUAUUUAUUUUGCUAUCGAUAUCACUUGGAAUCGCUGCUAAGCUUUCAGGAUCAAAAUGUACCUUCUUCUUCAAUAUUGAUUGUUUUCGUGGAAUUCUUGGACAAUCAUUUUCGGAAGAUUCGAAAGCAUCUUACAGCACCAAAAUCAUCUAUUUGUUGAUUUUUCUACUUGGAAUCAUGAUUGUUACUUCAUACGAUGCAUUUCUUCAAUCCUUCAUGACUCAACCGCCAAAGGAAAAAUUAAUCAAAAAUUUUGACGAUCUUCAAUCAUCUGGUCUCAAAAUAUAUCUAUCUAAAUGGGAAAUCGAUGAGUUUUUGUACAAAUUGAGACCUAAUUUCAUGAAAAACUAUUCAAAUUCAUUUCAAGUUGAACCGAAUCUUGAGAUUUUGAAAAGAUUACGUGAUACUUUAAAUACUAAGUAUGCUUUCGCAGUAACAAGUAUGAGUUGGAUGAAUUAUGAAAGUCAACAAAAGUUCUUCAAUCAAAAACUAUUUCGCUGGUCUGAAGAAUUGUGUCUCUUGAAAAAUAAACUACUUGCAAUUUUUUUAAAUGAAAAUUCAAUUUACAAAAAGAUUUUGAACUUUCAUAUCUUGGAAACUCAAUCAAGUGGAUUAUUUGAUUUUUGGGUGAAGAGAACUUUUUAUGAAUUGCUGAGAGUUGGAAGAAUUAAAAAGUUUAACUCUGGAUUGAAGCCUACAUUGAAAGCAUUAAAAGUUGAAGACUUAAAGUGGGUUUGGAAAUUUAUGGGAUUGGCGUUGAUUGUAGGGAUCUUGAGUUUCAUUGGAGAGAUGUUUAUUUUCAAAUUUAAAAAAAAUGGAUUAAAUGUUGUUAAAAAAUCAUAAUAUUGUUCAUCGUGAAGAUUAUUUUUGU